AUGAAUUCACACAAUAUUCGGGUUUUUCAAUCACAAGAUAUUUUAUGCCCAAGCGAGUUGGGUCAGCCUCUCUGCAGUGCUGCCAGUGAAGGCUUAUUUUGGGUGGCUUUCAGUGGAAUUAUUAAAGGAUAUGCCACUCAGACCACACAAAAGGAAUUUCAAUGCAUGUAUGAAUUUCAGCCGUUGUGGUCCGAAGUGGAUGCUAUUCAUUAUUUGCCAGACAUUCGGAGAGUCAUCACGGUGGAACGAAGAAUGACCACGAUAGGCACAGCACAACAACCAACCACACCAACAACGCCAUUAGGACAUCAUCAUCAUCAUCGAGGAGGAAGUGGUCAUGCUUCUAGUAGUAAUAAUAAUAUUUUGGGAUCACCAAAAUCAUCAGGCGAUUUUUCAAAUGCUUUAAAAUCUUUUUCUCAAUCAUCGUCUACUGCAACGCCCACCACGAAUCAAAACACACAAACAAUUGUAGAGCAAUGUUGUAGAAUUUAUCGAUUUGAAUACGAUAAAAAGGAACGAAAAACCAUCAUUUAUCCAUUUUCACUUCCGAUUCAGAAUUUUGUCUCCACCAACAGCACAACCACCAGUACUACUCUCACAACACAAGCCAACAGUGCUACUACAUCUCAAGCAGCAAAAUCAGGCAUGACUCUCAGUAGUGAGCUGUUAAUUUCUGUUUGUACCUACAGCAAUCAAUUAUUGACAUGUGCAAAAGAUGUUAUUUCACUGUGGAAAUUUACCAAUAAUAUUGAGACUCCUAUUUGCAUUUUAAAAUUACAUACAUCAUGGCACGUGAAGUGUAUUUCAGUAUUUAAUCAGUUUAUUGGAUACGGUACAGACAAAGAUGUUAGAGUUAUUGAACUCAAACAAAAAGAGACUGAAUUAGAAAAAACCCUUUUAGAAAACUCACAAGAUGAUGAUAUUAAUCUCAACAAUGGAGGCACCAACGGAGAAGAGUCAACUUUAGCACAACAUGUUGGUGCAGUAAAUGUAUGUGGAAGUGUCUCUCCCAACGCCUCUGACCACAGCGAUACUCAAAAAAAGAAAUCAUCACGUCUCACAGAAAUUCAAAAGAGAAUUCAAGCUCACGUUCAAGAGCAAAUAGUUGGUACAAAUGAGAGUCCACAAUCACAAGUAUCACAGGGAGGAAUUAUUACACGACACCAAUCAUUGAAUCCUCUCAACAAAGCAAUGGCCAUGUAUUGGGGCGUUAGCCAGCUUCAUGAAUCCAUUGAUGAAAUUCAAAUACGAUUUGACAUGGGAACCAAAGAUUUAUUGCCUUCUCCUGCAACUCAGAGUUAUGGUGAGCCCGUUCGUAUCAGUGACAAGACCACUAUGAAGAAGGGUAAUCACAGUUCUGCGAACAAUAUUGCAUAUGAUAUUUUUGGACAGACACCAACAGUUGAUCAUCCUGCAUUUGUGAAUCAUAAUUAUAUUGACAUUUGUAUAAAUCUUCUCCACAAACAUUUUACACUCGACGAGAGUCCACGAUCAAUUCACUUUCUCCAAAACAUUUCUCAAAAGAAAGAUUUCAACCAAAAUACUGGAAUGAAGUGCAUAAUAAGCACGUCAACCUGUGGAUACGUGUACAGUUUGUCAAGCCCUCAAUCGUUGUUAUGUGAAUUUCAAUAUACUGACGAAUGUCUAAUGAGUGCUGUAAAUUCUCUAUUUCUUUAUGCCAUUACACCUGUAGGCUUAGAAGUUUGGAGCGUCUUGGGAGGCAGUAAUGGAUGUUUGCUACGGUUUCAUCCAUUUAUUGGCUUGAAGAGCGUUUCAGCAACCAAUAACCAUGUCGUUCUCAUCUCCAAGAUAAGUAGCAACGAGAAUUUCUCGAUUGCAGCCUAUUACAAUCAGCAAACAGAUAAGACUGUACUUGUAUCAGAUAUUAGAAACGUUGAAAAGAUGAAUAGAAAUGCGUCUCCCUCCAAAGAUGCCACAAGAAGUGGACGACUAUUUCCCAUUUUCAACGCAAGGAAAAAACGAGAAGAUAGCUCCUCCUCUACAUUGCCAUCAGUAGAAGAGUUUUCAUACAAUAUUUACAUGCUUAAUGCAGUAGAAUUGUCUGAUAUUUAUGAAGACAUGCUCGAGCAUGCUAUGAUGUUUGAAAAAAGCGACAAACCAAGCUACAUGAAACUCCUAAAAGAAUCACACAGUCUUUUACAAUCGAAAUAUUUUGAAUUAUUAACUAAGGAGAAGAAAUUGGAGAGGUCUACCGAUGUUGAUGCCAUCACAUUGUUGAAGACAAAAAUUGAGCUGCAAAAUUAUACGACACUUUUGAAAAGGUCCUUUGGACUUCAAGGAGAUGCCUAUGUGUCCAUGGAAAAUACUGACUUGGCUGCGUAUGCAUAUGCAAAUAGCGACAAACCUAUGGCAGAUAUUUUCACAAAGCUUUCUGUUAGAGAGGAAUCGUUGCUAUUAUUUUUGGAACAUAUUUUGUUUGACAAGGAGAAUCAUUGGUCGUUAGAUAGCCUUUCAGAAGACUUGGGAAAUCAAAUUCUCACUAUUUACAAACAAAGAAUUCCUCAUACUUUAUCCACCGUCAUAUUGGCAAACAGUUUUCCUUAUUCAAAGACUCAUGCUCUAUCACUUUUGGAGGAAAUUAAUUUGGAGUACGUAAAAGCUCAACAACUGACGUUGUCACGCUUUGAAGAGCACUCUAUUGAAAAGAAUGACGCAUAUCCUCAACAAGGUGAUCAAGUACUCUCAUGGUUUGAAAUAAUGCCUAAAGACGCCAUGGUCCUCGCACUACUUCAUCUUCAAACUGGAAACGAAGAAAAAGCUGUUGCAAUUUUCAAGUCCGUAGAAAGCCAUGUACUCGUUGAAUUUGUUGUUUUAAAUCCAUCCUUACUUGCACCAAAUACAACCAGUGAACAAUAUUCCAAGUUGGCAUUUGUAUUCAGAAAACAUUUUCCUUGGUGUCUUGUUGAAUCUAUAACUCGGUUAACAGCUAGUAAUUCAUGCCCUUUGAGAAGCAACCAAGUUAUGGAUUUGUUGAAAGGAGAAAAUUUACAACUUUCAGAAAAUGUGGAGACACCCUUAACUUCCCUCUUCAUGCAACAAAUUUAUCUUUCCACAUGUUUAAUUUCCAAUGACCCUUCCAAUGACUCCACCCUCAAAGAAAUUGCAUUGCUACUCAUGCUCGUAUUUGUACAAGAGCUCACACAAAUUACCUCGCUUCUCAAGGAAACAAAUAUCAAAGAUUUAGUCAAUGCGACCAAACAGAAGGUGUUAGAGUUACACUCUCCAUCUUCUUCUGCCCAGUCGCCAAUUAACGAUGUCACAUGUGAUCACAUGCCAAGUACCAAGCGAUUGUUCUCAUAUAUGGAUAAUUUCAAUGAAUUGAGACAAUAUUGUUCAUUCAUUCAUUAUUCAUUAAUACCAUUUAGAGAAAAUCUGGGUUGGCUUCGAGAAUUUGUGAAUUAUGAAUUUAACAGAAAUCACACACAACUGAAUAUACUAUCUGACUCUAAAGAUAUCUUAUCAGAGAAAUAUGCCGAAAUUAUUAAUAUUUUGGACGAAAUUUCGAUAUCUGAAAAUACAUUGUUUUCCAUUACAGAGAAUGAUCCAUUAUUCCUGUUAGUGCAUACUUUGCAAAACGCUCAAGGAUUAAUUUGUUAUUUUGUUCAAUUCGUGUCUACCAAUAGAAUGGAAAUAUUUUCUCAAUUUAUUGAAAUCAUUCAGGACCAUGAGGGAAAAUUCAUUGGAUUUGACAAUUUAAAGCUGCUUUGCAUGAUGGGCUCUAAACAAUUCAAACAAGCUAUUGAACGAUUAUUGAUAAUACUGGGCCAAGAAAAACACCAAGAUCAUUCCCUUGAUGUUUUAUUUGGAUUUAUUGAGAGUCAUUGUAGUUCGUUAAGCGAUUGGAAAGAUGUUUUAGAUUUGAUCUUUUCACAUUUGAAAGAGUAUGAACAAGAGAAGCUUUCGACCUUAGUGGACAGCGUAGAUGCCUCACAUUCUACAGCACCAACAUUUUUGUAUGCUCUUCUCGACAGAAUUUUGAAGCUUUUGGCCCGUUCUUGCACACCAGAUGAUUUCCUACCUCUCAUUCCAAAGAAUGGAAGCAUGAAAUUUUUCUAUCGCUACAUUCACUUGUGCUUUUCCAACUUUUCCAUACUGUCAUCACCGUUCAACAACCACAACAAUACUUUCUCAUCAUCAACCAAUUCCCCUUUUGAAAUUUUGUGA